GUUGGCAACGCGACUAUUGUAGUUCACGGGUUUGUUCAUACGUUAAUUUUGCGAUUUUUGCCCGGCGGUUCGCACGCAACAAGCAGAAAAAAUAGACUUCAACGAUGAGCUCCAAAAUUGCUCUUCUUAGUGUGUCGGAUAAGACGGGUCUGCUCGACUUGGGCAAGAGUCUGGUGGCCUUGGGCUUUGACCUGGUGGCCAGUGGUGGCACUGCCACCGCGCUACGAGGAGCUGGCCUGAAGGUGAAGGAUGUUUCGGAGAUUACCGGAGCUCCGGAGAUGCUUGGAGGUCGCGUUAAGACGCUGCAUCCGGCGGUGCACGCCGGCAUCCUGUCCCGGACCAGCGAUUCGGAUUUGGCCGAUAUGCGCAAACAGGGCUUCGAUCUCGUCCAGCUGGUGGUCUGCAAUCUGUAUCCUUUCGCUAGCACCGUUGCCAAACCAGAUGUGACGCUGGCCGAUGCUGUGGAGAACAUCGAUAUUGGUGGUGUAACCUUGCUUCGUGCGGCGGCCAAGAAUCACCAACGAGUUACGGUGGUCUGCGAGGCUGUGGACUACGAUCGAGUGCUGGCCGAGCUGAAGGCUUCGGGAGACACCACCCUGGAUACGCGACAAGCCCUGGCCCUCAAGGCUUUCACCCAUACGGCGAGCUAUGAUGAUGCCAUCUCAGACUAUUUCCGAAAGCAGUACGGAUCCGGUGUUUCUCAGUUGCCGCUGCGCUACGGCAUGAAUCCCCACCAGAAACCGGCUCAGCUCUACACGCAACUGGCUAAGCUGCCACUCACGGUGCUUAACGCCUCUCCGGGUUUCAUCAAUCUGUGUGAUGCCCUCAACGGCUGGCAAUUGGUCAAGGAACUGAAGCAAGCUUUGCAUCUGCCCGCGGCCACCAGCUUCAAGCAUGUUUCUCCCGCGGGAGCAGCAGUGGGCGUGCCCCUCAAUCCUGCUCAGGCCAAGCUCUGCAUGGUGGACGAUCUGUACGAGCAACUGACUCCGUUGGCGACUGCCUACGCCCGUGCGCGUGGAGCGGACCGCAUGAGCUCCUUCGGCGAUUUUGUGGCCUUGUCAGAUGUGUGCGAUGUGGUUACCGCCAGGAUCAUCUCCCGCGAGGUCUCCGAUGGCAUCAUUGCGGCAGGCUACGAGCCAGAAGCUCUGGAAAUCCUGAAGAAAAAGAAGAACGGCGGCUACUGUAUUCUACAGAUGGAUCCCAAUUAUGAGCCCUCCCCGGUGGAGCGCAAGACUAUCUUCGGCCUUACGUUGGAGCAGAAGCGCAACGACGCCGUCAUUGGAGCCUCGCUCUUUGCCAACGUGGUGAGCAAGCGUGGUCCUCUCCCCGAGGCAGCUGUGCGCGAUCUGAUCGUGGCCACCAUUGCACUGAAGUACACGCAGAGCAACUCCGUCUGCUAUGCCCGUGAUGGCCAGGUGAUUGGCAUCGGAGCUGGCCAGCAAUCUAGGAUUCACUGCACUCGACUCGCGGGUGAGAAGGCCGACAACUGGUGGCUGCGACAACAUCCCAGCGUGGCAGGCAUGAAGUUUAAGGCUGGCGUGAAGCGGGCGGAGAUUUCCAAUGCCAUUGAUAACUACGUUAAUGGAACCGUUGGCAAGGACAUGCCUUUGUCGCAGUUCGAGGGAAUGUUCGAUAAGGCGCCAGCACAGCUGACCAGCGAGCAGAAAGUGCAGUGGCUUAAGGAGUUGAGUGGCGUUGCCCUAGGAUCCGAUGCCUUCUUCCCCUUCCGUGACAAUAUUGAUCGCGCUAGCUUGAGCGGUGUUUCCUACAUUGCCAGUCCAGCUGGCUCAACCAAUGAUGCUGGUGUCAUUGCCGCUUGCGAUGAGCACGGAAUCAUAAUGGCCCACACCAAUUUGCGAUUGUUCCACCAUUAGAUUUAAUACUGUCUUCAGUGUACAAUUGAUUUCCAGUGAUUUCCAGUAGUUUCUUUUUUUUUAACUUUAUCUUAACAAGUCGAAUAUCGAGCUCUUCCAACUUAAAUCAUAAAGGAAUUAAGUACAAGACAUCCUAAGCAACAAUUGCAUUUUACACGAACUAUUUUUGAUAACGUAUAUAGUAUUUUAAGAACUUUUAUAUAUAAACAAACCGUUGUUAAUCUUACCCCAAAAUAACUGCCCUUAACCCAUUCCAAGCCCAAUAAAAGCCACUUGCCUUUAGUUAGUUAAACGAA